AUGCGGCUAUGGAUUAAAUUAGUUUUGCCUGACCAGCUGGGAACCUCCGUCCAGAGCAAGGACUACAAGGAGGCGCCGUCGACGCCCCUGUUCGAGCUCGGUGAGCUCCAUACUUGGUUCUUCUGGAGGGCUGGCAUAGCCGAGAUCAUAGCCAUUUUCAUGUUCCUAUACAUUACGAUAUUGACGGUGAUGGGGCUCUCGAGGUCCGGCAGCAAAUGCUCGACAGUUAUUAGAACAUAUUCCGUCUGUGAUGUUUAUUUUGUCGGGACUGCCCACGUUUCUACGAAUGUCUCUGAUAAUGACCUCGAUGUUGAUGGACUUUCAGUACUCAAAAUUUCAAGCGGCUCAUUUGUUACUGCUGCAACUAACUACAACGCCAGGGUUGUCGAGUGUCAUUUAGCUUCUGUAAAAACGCGCCGCACGCCUGCCUUCUCCAAUUCCUCCCGUCCCCGCCGUCCCAAAAUCUUCCGCCCCUACACGGCUACACCCCUAGCCGCUACUCCUCCGUCGCUCACCAGUCGUCCGUCGCUCGGUGCUCCUCUGUCCGGUCAAGGAGCUCGUGGUCACCGGUCGUCGACUCGCACCAGUCGUCCGUCGCUCGCUGCUCCGUCUGGUCAAGGAGCUCGUGGUCACCGGUCGUCCAGGCACACCGCACACGGUAACACGAGUGUCUAUCACCGUUGUUUCUUUCCAGGAAGGGACUUUUGA